GCUUGCCGUUAUAGCAUCGGGUCUUCGCACAGUCGCAUGCGAUCCAGGCAGGGCUGCCACAGCUUUUUUCUUUUGUUCAAGUCAUCUUGCCGUUGGGUAGCAAUUCAGACAACAACGCAUCACUGAUCGCGUGGGUUCCGCACUUCUCUCUCACCGAACAACCCAGCAUAUCAAAUUCCUAGUCCCGACUCGGUCUCUCAGCACUCCAAUACAAUGGCCGCCAAAACUCCGAUUCCUCAGAACGACAAUGUCGCCCAUGCUCUUGCCGGAGCAGGUGGCGGCAUUCUGUCCAUGAUUUUGACCUACCCUCUCAUCACCCUCUCCACCAGAGCCCAGGUCGAAUCCAAAAAGGCCGAGAGCAAAUUUGUCGAGGCCGUCCAAAAGAUCAUCGCGCGCGAGGGCGUCUCGGGCCUGUACGCGGGCAUCAACUCUGCGCUGUUCGGCAUCAGCGUCACAAACUUCAUCUACUACUACUGGUACGAGUGGACUCGGGCCUUCUUCGAAAAGGCCGCCACCCGCGCCGGCCGCGCCAGCAAGAAGCUGACGACGAUCGAGUCCAUGAUCGCGGGCGCCAUCGCCGGCUCUGCGACCGUCAUCAUCACCAACCCCAUCUGGGUCGUCAACACGCGCAUCACCACGCGCCGACAGAACUCUGAUGAUGUCGAGGCCGGCGCCGGCGCCGUUGCCAAGCGGAGCAAGCCUCCCAGCACCAUCGGAACCCUCAUGGCCCUCUUGAAGAACGAGGGACCCCAGGCCUUGUUCGCUGGUGUCAUCCCGGCGCUGGUGCUGGUGGUGAACCCCAUCCUGCAAUAUACCCUCUUUGAGCAGAUGAAGAAUACGGUGGAGAAGAAGAGGAAGAUUACGCCUACCGUAGCAUUCGUGCUAGGUGCCCUGGGAAAGCUCUUCGCAACAUCAGUCACAUACCCAUACAUCACUGUUAAGAGCCAGAUGCACGUCGCUGCCCACUCUGAUAAGAAAGAGGGCAUGUCUGAGACUUUGAGGCGCGUUGUGAAAGAUGAAGGCUAUUCUGGUCUGUAUAAAGGCAUUGGUCCCAAGGUUACCCAGAGUGUCUUGACAGCGGCCUUCCUCUUUGCCUUUAAGGAUGUCCUUUAUGAGCAGAUGGUGAGACUCAGGAUGGGCCGCAAAAAGGCGUAAAUUAAUUACACCACACGAUUGGCUACUUGCUAGCACAAAGAUGCGUUCAGCAUCUUUUAUUCGCUUCCAUUAUGCAAUGGAAGGUAGGCUCUUCGGAGAACCAUUAGAUAGAGGGCUGUAAUCUUUGGGCUGUACUAUUAAGUGUAAUUAACAUAGGUAAGGUGGAAUCGACAAGGGCGGAUGAUACUCCUAUCGGUAGAUAUAGAGCU